ACGAGACCAUCGCAAACAUGGUCCGUAAACUGAAGCAUCACGAGUCCAAGCUCCUGCGCAAAGUUGACUUCAUCAACUACAAAUCCGACGACAACCAUCGCCAGGCCGAAAUUGUGCGACGAUAUUCCAUCAGCAAACCUGCCGACUACACCAGCUACAACCGAUUAUGCGGCAAGCUUAGACAUCUCGCCCAUCGAGUCGCCCUUCUACCACCGGAUUCACUCUUCAGGCGGAAGCAAGAGGAUCUACUGCUCGAGAAGCUGCAUGAUAUGGGACUGCUGGGAGUCGGUGGCAGCGGCACAGGAAAGCUCUCUGAUGUUGAGCGUAAGAUUACCGUGUCGGCCUUUUGUCGACGACGACUAGGAGUGGUGAUGACGAGGUUGCGAAUGGCGGAAACUGUCAGCGCGGCCAACAAGUUCAUCGAGCAAGGACACGUACGAGUUGGGACCGAAGUCAUCACGGAUUCCGCAUUUCUUGUCACAAGAAACAUGGAAGAUUUCGUCACCUGGGUCGACUCCUCGAAGAUCAAGAGGAACAUCAUGAAGUAUCGAGACAAGCUUGAUGACUUUGACCUACUCUAGGCGUGCACGUCGAGCUGCAUCCGCUUCUCAGGCCAGACGGGAUGCUCACCAGGCUUUACGGUCAGCACGGCAUAUAAUCGCCGUUGUACGGAGACGCCCUCUGUCCUGCUGGUCAUAUGGUGCACUAUCCGAUCACUGUGUCACAACUUUGUAACCUCAGCAUUGGAAGGAUUCGGAAAAGUCCGUGCGCUUUGCCCAUGCAAGCUCACAUAUAUGGGGUUCUUCGCACACCCCGCCUCCUUCUUCCCUUCUUCUACCUCUUCUCCGUCUCCUUUUUGGCUGGAUCCUCACAUCACUGCUAGACACCAUCAGGCAUCUCCGAAACAGGACUCACUUGGACAGUUCCUCAUCCGGUCAUAGGCUGACUAAUUACACCAGUACUGCUGGCUUGUUGGCUUGUGUCUCGAAGAUCAGAUAGCCAUGACGGGACAGCAGAGUAUGUCAUCCUCAUCUCAACCUCGCGCGAAGAGUUUACGGGGCAAUCAAAAAGCUCUUAGUAAGUCUUCCUUGGUCUCGGUUGCUUCGCCGCCACCGCCAAAGCUGUAUCACACUCAAUGGCUUCCCAUCGAUGACAGCAUGCGAGGGAAUCAGGACCUGGUGAAGGAUGGCGUGUCAAUGCCGUUCUUUCAAGAUCUCAAAGAUCUUGAUCAGUUGCGACGAGCGUCACAGGAGUUACCUGAAUAUGACAGACUCGAA